AUGCCUCACAGCCAGAAUUCCGACUGUACAAACGAAUGCCAUACAGGCAUUUACGGCGUAGAGACGCCUCCGCCCCGGAGUCCCAUCGUCCUUUCGCUCAGCUUCAUUUCCACAGCCCUGAUCUUUAUAGCCGUGCAUGCAUGCACUCUCGCGUAUGUACAAAAUGUCGGUAAGUUAUGCGUAAAAUGAUUCAUUCCCCAGAUAGAAGGAUCGAGUUUAUUUUCUGAUUUACAUACUUUACCCUUUGCUAGGUAACUAUGUUAGAAUGACAUAAAGCCCCUUCAACAUCAUCAUGCGUCACGUAGCGUCUCGCCUAAAUGGGGCUACUGACCUACUAUCUUUGCAGUUCACACAUUCAGCCCUAAGAACCGCCAUUAGAGGUCGACUGGCAGAAUAUUUUGUAGGCAUCGCCCAUGCAGAAGUUCCUGACACGUGACUUACAUCCCCAACAAAGGCUUGAUGCUCUCCAGACAGAAUUAACCCGUCAAGUCCAUUGAGUUGCAGAAUGUCCAAGCUUUCACUGACUGAGAAAUGGUGACCCUAUGCCCUCACUCAUUAUUGUCGCGUCUGUUUUCCGAAAUCUGGUGCGUGAGCUUCAAGUGAUGUUGCAUUUGAAUGUCUGUGUCCCGGGCAUAAUUAUUCAAAGUUAUAUACACAAACCAUGUUAACGUGAACACUUUUCUUGACUUAGCACCGACGAUUGUGAACUCGAUGUACGGCCUCAUCGGAACGAGUCUAGCGUUUAAUAUCCUCUUUCUCAUCGUCGCGGUGAUAGCUGCGCUUCGACGAAAAACAGUGCAUUACUUCUUUGUGUCCAAUGUCCUCUUUCUACUAAUGUGUGAGUUGUUUCUUAUAAUUUAAUCUUCAUUCGAAUUCCACUUGCAGUCAUACCAAUAUUUCCUUCUUUUUACUGUUACGACCGGGUAUGUCGAGGAGGCAGUUUCGGCUUCCCUUGGAUACCAAAAGAUAAUACGCUUAAGAAGGCAGGACUACAGUAGAAGAUACCGUUGGAACAUAAUCAGUCAUAGAAAACGCAAACCCGCAGAAAAUUCUUCUGUUGUGUGUUUGACCAUCUUGCUGCCAGACGGACUAUGUGGCAAGCAAAUGCUUCUGGUUAUGGCAACAGUAUAUGCACGGGCGUCAAACGACCCUCUUCCACCCCGCCUUAAACUCUUGUGGUUGUUGAAUUUGGGCCGUCAUAAUGCGAGUGGUGUUAGGACAAAGUCAAGAAGAUCGGGAUCAGGCGCAAGGCUAAGCAGCCCGUUUGUGUGCUGCACACACGGCCUGGUCCCCACUGAACGAACCAGGUUUGUACAAAAUAGGCGAAGGUUUGGAUCUAGGGAGAUAAGACGAUAUUCGAGGACUACCGCGGCAAAAGCCUCAUCGACGUUGCUGCGAAGAUCUUCACUAUUUUCCUACUCAGGCGAUUCUAGUCUGUGCGUGAUUCUAGGUCGAGGCCCAACCAAGCCCCAUUCUGUGCUGGACGUGGAUGCGCGGACUAGAUAUUCACACGGAGGCGUACUCUCGAAAUUCGCCAUAGCUGCCAGCAACCGACGACCGUCUGCUUUGUUGACUCUGCUGCCGCGUUCGAUUCCGUCCAUCGUGAGUCCCAAUGGCGGAUAAUGACGCUAGAUUAUGUAGCGCCAAGAAUCAUCGCCAUUAUCAAGGCCUAUUAUCGCUCCGCAACAAUCUUACCCAACCGUGCCGUAUACGGUCUGGCGUCCGGCAGGGUUGUAUCCUGUCGCCCAUCCUGUUCAACGACGCUAUUGACUGGGUUCUCGGGACGGCCCUACACGAGAGUGAGGAUGUUGAAUUUGCAACCGAACAACGGAUGACUGAUCUCGAGUAUGCCGAAGGUAUCGCCUUACUUGCUUCAAGUUUUGGUGAUUUGCAGUCUAUGGUGUCACGAGUGAAGGCGGUCGCUAAAUCAGUCGGUUAGUCCAUAAACGCUGGGAGAACCAAAGUGUUUUCGAGCUGCAUCCCUGACCGGGAGAAAGCACCCCUCGGGAAUGAUGGCUGUCAAAUUGAAGAAGUAGACAUUUUUAAAUACCUUGGGCUAGGCUGUUGCCUAAUAAGACAGAGUAAGGACGAAAUUGUCUCCCGAAUCGAUGCUGCCCUCUGGGUUUUCUCAAGCCUUCGGAAAUGCCUAUGGAACCGACGUGACCUCUGAAUCACCACUAAGAUUCGCAUGUACCGUGCAUCUGUCCGGUCUAUCCUUCUCCACGGUUGUGAAUACUGGGCUUUGCGCGUGGAGGACGAGGGAAAACUGGAGGUAUUUGACCACCACUGCUUGAGGACCAUCCUUCGAGUGAAGUUCACCGACUUCAUCUCAAAUAAGACAGUCCGCGCUCGCUGCGACAACAUCACAAGGAUAACACAGGCCAUCCUAGAAAGACGACUGAGGUGGUUUGGGCAUGUUCUUCGUCGGCCACCUCAGGAGCUCAGUGUUACUGCCCUCGAUCCGGCACUGUUACCACAUUACAGCGUCGAAGAGGGGGUCAACUCAAAACCUGGCACGACACUUUUCGUUAAAACUUGGAGGUGCUUCUUGGACCUCCGGUAUUCGGUCUUCGUCGUUGAUGAAGAGAAUGGGUUGCACCAUCUAGAUUUGCUGCCCGGGAUCGUUGCACGUGGAGAGGCAUAGUUACGGAUAUCAUCAAGGCCGGCUAGAUCAGGCAUGAUUGCAGCCGCACCAAGUACAAGUGAGCACCCAGGCACGAAGGCAGUGUGAAAACUCAUCAUCGCAUAUUCAAGAAGGACCCAAGCUGCGUAGACCUGAAUAAGAGUUAAGAAAAGGACGCGCCUGCUCGAUAUUAGUCAAAAACGAAAAGAAAGUAUUUUUUAGCAACCAUGGGGGGUUAGAGGAAACGGCAUUCUACUUAAGUACAAACCAUGAUCCGACAGUUGGACUGUCCAAACAACGACGUACGCCAGGUACACCUCGGCGUGGCCACAACGUCAGUGGCUUGCGCAUGACUUGCAACUGACUUGCACAGAAUCCACCACGCCCUCCGCGCUACCAUUCGCCUUGCCCCGAUAGCAAGACACAGUCAAGACAACCGAGAUUUGGCCCUAACUCGGGGGCUGACAAUAACAAACAACCUGUGCAAGCGUGCAUCACAUCCGACUGAAUCCCCACAGAAUGUACCAGGCUUCUAGCCAAGCAGCUUACAUUUAAAAAUAUCUUCCAACCAAAAGACCUCUCCUUUUAUAAAUCCCUGUAGAGACGUGUAAAUGGAAUUUCCGACUGUAACUUUUCUGGGAAGAUAUUAGAUUUCUCAUGUUGCUUCCCUUCUAGGUCUGUUUGACCUCGUUACCGCGAUUGUCUACAUCGUCGAGGCCUGCGACCAAAGGGAUCUUAUUGUCAGUUGGCCAGCAUGUGCUCCUGCGAUGAGCAUCAUUCUCCUUCCUCUGAUUGCCGAGGUCGUUAUGUUUGAAGCGAGAUGA